AUGGACGACGGUACACGCGCUGGACCUCUGCUCGAUGCACUCUCCGUUGUGCGACUGAGCACAGGAGUCUUGUUCUUGUUUACGCUGAUCCUUCUUUUCACGAGGCCCUCCAAGGCUCAACCUCCUCCUUCCCCCAGCCCAAUUACGGCCGUUGUCGUCGCUUUUACGCAUCCCAGACGGGCUCUUAUCAACACUCUUCUCCUCUUUAUUGCAUUUACCUACUUUCUUGACGCCCUCAUCGUCUUUCUCUACUUUAUUCUGCGUGGAUUCCGACAGUCGUACUUUACCCAGUGGCGCGGCGUCGAACUCGCAGAUGUCUUUGGAUUCGUCGCAUUCCUCCUGCUUGCAGCCAUUGGUACAUACAAGGACAAGCAUGCCGUCGACUUUUGGACCCGAAAGCGGAUCAAGCUCUUCGUCAUUACUGCCCUUGGGCUCGACAUCGCCUACCUCGUUUUACUCGUGUUGUCGGUCCGCAUCUUUCAACGCCGCCCCGAUUCUCCAGGCGUCCCCGAGCGACCCAAUGUCCCAGGCAUCUAUGUGCCCAAUUUCUUGCAUUUCCUCGCCCUCGACGCGCGGAUCUUGGCGCUCGUUGCGUUGAUCAUCGUCUUAUUCAAGCCCUCCACCCACUAUUCAACUGCGAUUCGAACCGCAGACGAGGCGCAUGGCCGCCCAACCGAUGCCACGCCGUCUACGAACCUGCUAGCUGCGUCGGGCGGUGUCACGCUAGCGCAUCAUCAGCAGGCGUACGGCACUUUUGAACACGCGUCGCCGCGCGAUAAACACGAUGAUGUGUCGCACGGCGAUAACGCUCCAUUGGGACACAAAGCAGUCGAUGGGUACGACGCCACCAGCGCCGCUACGGCUGAAGGCAGCUCGACAACCGCAACUGCUGCACCCGGUGGAGACACAAAGAAGGACGACGACAGGAGCAGCAAGAAGAGUGACCAUGUCCAUGUUCCCAAGGAUCCCGAGAUUGAAGACGUUCCAAACCCGGUCCUGAGUGACGAACCCGAGGCGUUGAACACUUCUUACGCCGCUGUCGCCGCUGUCCAUGCCGAAAAGGAGCGCGCCGCCGAAGAACAAGAGCAAGAGGCCAAUCAACAUGCCACGACAAGCAAGACGGGUGAAGUAGAGUCUCCGACGUUGCUCACGUUCCCUCCUACCAGGGAUGACUCGUCCUCUAUCCGUAACGGUGUGACAUUCAGUACUGAAGCCGCUGGCUCAAAGGAUGGCGAAGAGGGCAUCGCUGGUCCAGAAGAGGGCAAGAAGCGCCGACGCAUUUCCUCUCAAAACUUUAAGCGUAUUGCUCGCAAGAUUACCGACAUUCCUAAACGUCAGGGAUCCAUCAGUAGCCUUGGAUCUGCCGCACGCAACAGCACGGAUAAUGGAACGCCAAAGAAGGGAAAAGUGACGCGCGAGGAUAGCACCGCGAGUGGUGGAGAGCCCAGUACUAGCUACACCCCUGCCGGCGAGAGCCCUGCUCCCAGCAUUGGCGAAGAGGCUGCAAAGAAGAGGAGGAAGCGCAUGAGCCUGAGCCUUAGGGGCAGAAGCAGCACUGACCAGGGAAAUUGA